AUGUCACAGAAGGGCGGGUAUCAGCUCACUCCCGAGCAGCUGGCGUUACAAGAGGAACGAAGGCGCAAGAAGCUAAAUGCUCAGUCGCAGACUCCGAAACCCCCUCUCAUUAAUGAGGAAAAGGGGCACGUACUACCUCGAGAAUGGCUCAAGCUACCAGAGUCGGGUACCAAUCCCAUAGCACAGCGGAUCAAAAUCAUGACCUGGAAUAUGCUAGCGCAGUGUCUCGUCCGCCGUGAAUUAUUCCCGAACAGCGACUGUCUGAAAGCAGCUCAACGAGAGCACAUGCUAUACUAUGAGAUUGCAUCGCAUACUGCUGAUAUAUUGUGCCUCCAGGAAGUAGACAGACUAGAGAAGCUGCUUCCCGUUCUAGAGGCCCUCGAUUAUGCUUAUACAUACGCGGCAGGCCCUAGAAAGCUUCACGGGUGUCUUAUCGCCUACAAGAAAGAUAAAUAUGAGAAAGUGGCGGAAAAGGUAAUCGAAUACGACCAGGAAGAUGUCCGAAAAGACGGCGAAGAACGGGCGAGACGUGGAAGUAGCUUCCGGACGAAGAACAUUGCGAACCUUGUAGCUCUGGAAGGGCUUGAAUCAGAUUGUGCUGGCAUAAUAGUUGCUACAACGCAUUUAUUCUGGCACCCGAGGUACACGUAUGAACGAGCUAGACAAGCGGGUAUAUUACGCAGAGAAGUAAUUCGGUUUCAGCAAGAUGAGGGCCACAUCGAAUGGCCCUGUAUUGUUGCAGGUGACUUCAAUGCACCACCUGACGAUGCUACAUAUUCUCUCCUGGUCGGAGACCCCGUCCUGCCAUCUCAGGAAGAGCGUCUAUCCUUUUCGCGCGUCGUGCAUGCAACCAUUGAUCCGACCGUUCCUGCGGACGCAGCUAAAACAUCAGCGGAAGAGGAAGACGAGGGCGCCGUUCAGCCUAACGAAGAUGGGGAAGAAGAGACGGAUCCAGAUCGCAUCAUUACGAACGCCAGGGCAGCGGGCCCGGAGGAUGGUCUGUUAACCACCGCCGAACUGACCGAACUCUACUCGACGCAUGAUAGCCGCCACCUGAAGAGUUUGUACGAGGAGGGACUCAAGUCAGCUAAAUCGAUUGCGAGUACUCAAGGCAGUGCGCAAGAUAUCCGGACGUUUGGAGAUAGAUUCGCUCCAAGAGAGCCGGACUGGUCGACUAGACAUGGUCUGUACGAACCCGAAUGGACUAGCUAUACCUUCUAUUGGCAUGCGACCCUAGAUUACAUCUUUGUGAUUGACCCUCCAAGUCGCGUUUCUGCGGUAUCAGGGCUGCUGAAGCCAUUUCGUACAGAAGAACUUAUACCGGGUAUCCCCCGCAAAGGCAUCAGCGGAAGUGAUCAUGUUGCUCUCGUUGCAGAGGUGACUUGGACCGGUCAGCCUUAGCCCACUG